GGUCUUCGUGUGCGCACGCGUGUGUUUCUCUCCGGAGAUCUCUAGGCGAAAGAGCACAAAAGGAAAUCGUAAAGUUUUGUUUACACGAACCUCCCGCUGUAGUCACACACCCCCUUUUUCGUGUUUCCUUUGCGAAUCGCGAGAACGGCGAACGUGUGUCGGUGCGCGCGCGUGUGUUCUGUGCCGUGAUCGUGCGUGAUCCUUCAUUCAGUUUCUUCGUUUGCGCGAAAUUCAACAGCGCGACAACGACAAAAAAAGAAGACGUCCGACAAAGAGCGCGGCGCACCAUCCUAAUCGCUAUCCUGACUAUCUUUCGCCGAACGUGCCCGCGGUAUCGUUUGGCACAGAAACGCACUUUUUUUUUGCUCUACUACCGACCAGCAACCCGGCGCGUAUCGCUCAUUCUGUUUGGAGCGGGUUCGCAGUUCGUCGUCAAUGCAGUCGCCACAGGAAAUGUGAAUCCCGUGUUCUGUCGCUGUUGUGGAGCAUCAUCAGCCCAGUCAACAUGGGUAGCUAAAGCCCCAACUGUGCCUAGGUGUGAUUGUGAAGGAUCAUAAAAUUCAUCUCGACCGUCGUCGGGCAUCCUGCCAGGCGAUACGAAGCUCAUAAGUGAGGUUGGGGAGUUGUGUGCGGUGCCGUCGAAAAGGUGCAGUGUUCUAAUUAACAACGGGUUUCCCCUGGACCCGCGGGGCAGUUGCUGGGAAUUCGUGGAAAUCGGUGCCCAAUCUAACGCGCAGGCGCUCCCGGUUCGGGCCGAAGAAGUGCCGUAUAAAGUGUGGAUAGCAAAGCGUGGAUCGAAUUGUGUGAAGGAAGCUGAUUAUUAACGGGUGGCUCGUACGGAGCAGUGCGAGGCUAGGAAAUUAUCAAAAAAAAAAAAAACCCGGAAAAGCUCUUCUACUUCCUCAGCAUCUUCCACCCUUUCCCAUCUCAUCAGUGAAAGCGUGAUCGAGAUCGAGAGUGCCAACGGAGAAGAAAACAAAGUGGGCGGGAAAGAACCCCAAUUUAAUUGAAUUCCCUUGCUCGAUCUUCAUGCUGAGCGCUGAGAAAAAUCAAAUCUCAACCCCCGGCACACCGACAUAGUUUGCUGGCCGUUGUUGUGAUCGUUGUGUCCCUUCACGCAACGAAACCGCGGACGGAUUGUCUGUGCUGGAGUCUGGAACGAUCGAUCGGAACGCGAUCAGCAAUUAGCGAUUAGCAGUGCGUUAUCAUCAGUGGUCGAAGCAACGAGAAGCGGCGGUGACGCGGGUGAUAAGGCGGGGGAUCGCGGUCCGGGAGAACCGGGAACCGGGAACCGGGCGUUUGCAGAAGAAGCAUCGAGUGGCUGGCGAGUGAGAUAGUGAGUGUGGUGCGGUGGGCAAAGGUCCUGUGACGUCACUCCGUCAACCGAAGAUCAUGGCAACCACCGUUACCACCACCAGCGGCAGUAGCAACCCUGGCCGGCUGCUGUUGCUGUCGGCGAUCGGUUGCUGGUGGUGCUGCUGCUGUUGCUGGAUUGCGCUGAUGGUGAUGAUGGUGCCCGGAGCAACGGCCGAACAGCAGCAUCACAACAUGUCACACACGAAAGACUGUUCCCGGUUUCACGAGCAGUGUAUCCGCUGCACGGACACGGCCUGCAUCAAGUGCACCGAGCUACUACGCCUGGACACCGGCGAGUGUUUGACAGAUUGUCCGAGUGGAUAUGCGGCACAAUGGUCUACCACAUCGGAGGUUAUGGGGCGCGUUUGCUAUCCGGUCGGUAUGUCCGGUUCACUGUUGGCUGCCGUUGCUGGCAUCGCGGCCGGUGCCAUCCUGUGCGUAAUGUUGAUCUUGGGCGCCAUGGCCAUUCUGAGGCGCCGGCAGAAGCGCAAAAAGUACCGCGAAUCGUUCAUCGACGAGAACAUCGAUCGGCUGGAGUUUCUACGGCAACUGGAAGAGCUGCGGCCACAGGCGGAAUACUUUCUGCAGAUGCUGAACGAUACGCGAAGGCAGAUCCGGAAGCUGCACCACUCGGGCGAUAGUGCCGGUGCGGCCACCUACCAUCCGGUGGUGCGCGAUUUGGCCAAGAUACUGAUCCUGUUGAACAAACCGAUCGAGCUGAUCAAUGCUCCGCCGCACGAUUGGCAGCGACUGUACGUGUGGGCCGAACGGGUGCUGGAUCGCUACAAGCCCGAGCUGGCGCAGUUGAUCGAGUUUCUGCAGCAACCGUCUGCUACCGCGAUCCCCUCACCGUCAUCCUCCGAUCCUCGGCUAGCAUCGUCCGACCAUUCAACGUUCAAGGUGGCCUACCAGGGCAGGGAUGCGGUCGAUGAUGGUGGCGCGAACGAGCGGGAUCUAUCACCGCGGUUGAGCCGCAAGAACGAACGUAAUCUGCUCGACCAGCCGGAGCUGAUCCAGCUGCAGAAGCAUCGCACACUGCCGACGAUGCAGACGACGCACCACUUCCUCGGUUCGCUCAUCAGUCUGCACGAGUUCGAUGAACGAUCGUCCCAUACGACCGAUACUAGCUCGAACCAUCACUCGACGGGAGGGAACAAUCCGUUCGACGAUACGUUCGAUCAUGUCCGCACGUACCUGUCGACCUCCGGUAUGAACGACAGCUCGCUCUGGUUGCAGGAUGAGUUCUUUAAGCUGGGCUUCCGGCCGCAGGACGAGAUCACGACCGAGCUGUAAGCUGUGGAGCUUCUCGGCCUCGGGACAGUCGAUGCUUCACCAUUCCAGUGCAAAUGUUGGCAGAGGGGAGAGAGGGGACGGUGGCACGGCAACACGUGGCAAGAGUGAUCGGACGAAGCGGACGGACGGGGCGCAGUGAAGGUUUCCCCUUGGAGCAGCAUCCACCGCACAGCACAACAAGCACUACUCCAGUGCGACUAGUCAGCUGCUAGCAGCGGUGCAGGAUGAUGCAGAAUGCAACUAGGCAGGCACUAGGCAUCGAAUCCGUUUGUAUCGAAAUAGUGUAGGGAUUACAAGAAAGGGGUGCCCUGUACCUCAAUCACUUGCGUACUAUUAAUGGAGCUAAGACGAGACACCGGAACGAUGAUGGUGGAUCGGGCAAAAUUGACUUUAAGGAUACAUAAGUAUUUUAUCCAGAAGAAGUUACUAGUUAAUCGAAACCGCGUUAUCGCGACGAGCCACACGAGAAACCCCACGAAACGAUGCGAAAGAAAGCAAUACUAUUUAAUAAUCAAUGGUGCAAGAUAAUGUAUCGACCACGACCGGGGAGAACGAGAACAAGUGUAACGAACUGGUUGGUGCUGUUAAACCUGUUUUCUGGUACAAUAUUGCAAUGCAGGGCUAGACGAUAAGGCGGAACCGGGAGAAGUGAUGUACAUUGUAUGAACGAUCAUGCUCUAAUAAAC